GAGGAGGAGGAGGAGGAGAGAUUGACUCCACCCCAGAGAGGACUGGGUGGGGGAACCAGCUGGAGUUUUUCUUCUCCUGUGUGGGUUACGCUGUGGGUCUUGGGAAUAUCUGGAGGUUCCCUUACCUCACCUUCCAGUAUGGAGGAGGCCUGGGCAUUGCCAUGGUGAUGAUCUCUGGCAUGGUGUCGCUGUACUACCAAGUGAUCGUCAUGUACGGCAUCUUUUACCUGCUCAACGCUCUCAUCUCCCUUGACGGCGACCUGCCCUGGUCCACCUGCGGGAACUCUUGGAACACGCCCAACUGCAUCACUGGGCGACCUGACUUCGGGAACAUGACGGAGACUGCCGCCAUCAACUACUCCAUGAGCGUUAUGUCCUGCGUCUUCAUGAGGCGGAAGACAUGGGCGAUCUGGGAGGUGUCAGCCUGAAACUUAUUGUUCUUUUAGGCCUGGCUUGGCUCAUUCUUUUCUACAGCUUGAGGAAAGGUGUGGAAACUUCUGGAAAGAUCGUUUACUUCAUGGCUACCUUCCCUUACGUGAUUCUGGUGGCCCUGUUGAUCAGAGGCGUCACCCUGGAGGGCUAUAUGGACGGCAUCAACUUCUACAUUAUUCCAAAGUGGGAGGAGCUAGCUAAUAUCAACGUCUGGCGUGAGGCGGCCACACAGAUCUUUUACUCUCUAGGCCCAGCCUUUGGCACGCUGAUCACAAUGGCAUCCUACAACCCCUUCAAACACAACUGUUACAGGUGAUGCUGAUCUUGUCCGGUGUCCAGUAUGAGCCAGUGGCCUACGAUGACUACGAGUUUGAAGGCUGGGUACAGGGUGCUGGAUUUGGCAUGGUGGCUCUACCUAUCCUGGCUAUAGCGCUGGGUGCUUUGUGGCAGAUUUUCAAAUGUGGCGGUGUCCGGGCAGCGAUGAAGCCACAUCCGGAAUGGGGACCUGGGAAGGCCGAGAACCGAACGGGCCGAUACGCUUUGGACAACCCAGCAUUCGAAGGGGACGAUGAAUUGACCGCAGUUACUUCCUUCAAGGCCGAGGAAAACGGCGUCUCUUCACAAUAUGGCGCUGCAGAUCCAGCGGACCCAGAAAUUAUUAAGUCCCCCCUCUAGCAAGGAACUUUCCCCCCUCUAGCAAGGAACUUAAAAAAAAAGAAAAAAAAGAAUGUCAGCGAUUUCAGAGAAUGUUCUGUGCUUAAUUAAGCUGUAACCAUAAAAUAUACGUUUUUUUUGGUUGCCCGAAAGGCAAAUGACACUACGUUGUAGUAGUUGAAAAGGCCCUAGAUGAAAAAUUCAGUGGCACUGCUCGUUGAACGUUGCAGAACCUUCUAUAGUCUCUAUCUGAACUCUAACUAGAGACAGUAGAAAAAGAAGAAAUAAAUAUUUACAGUAGCCAAUGUUCAGAUAAAAUGGUUACCAAGCGAGACAAACAUCUGCAGACAGAGGUUCUAUAUUCAAACGCUUUCGCUCUGCAAACAGUUAUGAGUUUUGGGGAGGUUUUUUUAAAGCGCUCUGGAACAUCAACUGAUGUGAUUAUCUUACAACGCACAAAAAGUUGUGGAGUUUAAAAAAAUAUUUUAUUCAUUUUAGGAAUACCCAAAGCAGGUCGUGGAAUAGAAUUGGCAGUGGAAUAGAAUUGGCAGUGGAAU